AUGAACUUCUCCCAUAUCAAAGUGUCAUACACCAUAACGGCAACAGCAGCAACAGCAGUAGCAGCAGCAGCAACAGCAACAACAACAGCAGCAACAGCAACAGCAGCAGCAGCAGCAGUAGCAGUAACAACAACAACAACAACAACAACAACAACGCUAUACCAUCACAUUGCACGUCUGGGCGGAGAAUACGGCCAUACCUCCCGCUCCCCUGCAACUCUCGUAGCCAAUCAUAAUACACCUUUCUUCAGUCUGCAGACAACGAAACACUGUAGCUCCAACCAUUGA